CUCGACAACAAACGUUCUUUAAGAACAAAGAUAGAAUUUAAAGUAAAUAUAAACAAGAAGAGUAUCAUAAAUUAUCAAUAAUAAUGGAAGAUAAAGUCAUCAGUGAGAAAAUACCAUCGAAAAAUUAUAUUUCGGAGAAAGAUGACAUAUCAAAUGGUGAAGUGGACUACGAUCAAUUACUAUCAUCAGCUGGGGAGUUUGGUCGAUACCAAUGGUUCUUAUUCUUCGCUACAUUUCCCUUCUACAUAUUUGGUACAUUUUCAUAUUACUCACAAAUUUUUAUGACAGAACCUUCACAAAAUCAUUGGUGCUGGGUUCCAGAGCUAGCGAACUUGAGUGAACAUGACCGCCGGACUUUGGCCAUUCCCUCAGACAGCGAUGGUCGUUUCGGAUACUCACAAUGCACAGUUUAUUCAGCAAAUUGGAGUGACGUCUUAAUAAGCGGAAUAAAACCAAACGAAUCUUGGCCAACUGAGAGCUGUCAAAAUGGAUGGGAAUUUGAUAAGACUGAAAUACCAUACCCAACUGUGUCCAGUGAUUGGGGAUGGGUAUGUGACAAGGAUAGUUAUCAGGCUACUGCGCAAUCAGUAUUCUUUCUUGGAUGUAUAUUAGGAGGCUUCGUGGUUGGAUGGGUGGCUGAUAAAUUCGGAAGAGUUCCAGCAGCUGUAUUUGCAAACAUUAUUGGCUGUAUAGCCGGUGUGGCGAGUACAUUUACGACGUCAUUCUUAGAGUUUUCUAUUUGCCGUUUUUUCAUGGGAAUGUCUUAUGAUAACUGUAUGAUGAUGAUAUAUCUACUGGUACUUGAAUUUGUAGCGCCUAAGUACAGAACGAUUAUUGCCAAUUUGCCUUUUGCCAUAUUCUAUACACUUGGCGUCAGUUCACUGCCAUGGAUUUCUCUAGCGUGCGGCCACUGGAAGACUAUUGGUUUGGUAACAAGUUCUACUAUGGCAUUGGCCAUAUUUACACCAUUCAUUGUUCCUGAAAGCCCAAGAUGGCUACUAUCAAAAGGCCGGGUUGAUGAAGCUAUAAACAAACUUAUAAAAAUCGGUGAAGUCAAUAAAAAGGAAAUACCAUCGAAACUUAUCGAACAGUUUAAAUUGUCAAUAAAGAGCGAGAAAAAACAAAAGAGUGUUAGCUCUCUAGAAUUACUUAAAAGGCCUGUAUUAAGAAAAAUUUUUAUUACCAUGUGUGUGGUUUACAUGUGUUGUAUGAUAGUUUUUGAUGCCUUAGUAAGAAGCGUCGGUAGUUUAGGAUUCGACUUUUUCCUAUCAUUUACACUAGUAUCACUAACUGAAUUUCCCUCGUUGGUGAUAGUAGCUUUUGUUUUAGAUCUGACUGGCCGAAAAUGGUUAACUAUUAUUUCCUUUUCAUUGUGUUGUAUAUUUAGUAUUGCGACAGCUUUCGUUGGAGGCGGCUUGCAAUCAGUUCUAUGUGCAGUAGUUGCCAGGUUUUUUGUGAACAUAUCUACCAACACAUCUAUACAGUGGGCUGCAGAGAUGUUGCCGACACCAGUGAGAGGCUCAGGUACAUCGAUUGUUCAUAUCUGCGGUUAUGUUGCCACUGUAAUUUCUCCAUAUAUUGUAUACUUAGAAACUUAUAUUGUAUGGCUUCCCCUAGUCAUAGUAGGCUCCCUUGCAGGAUUGGGAGCAAUACUUGCUUUUAUCUUGCCCGAAACGGCAAGAAGAGAUAUGCCACAGACUUUCGAAGAAGCCGAGGAGUUGAUAAGAGAUCAAAAACUAUUCGAUAUUCCAUUUUUAGAAAAGAAAAAACGAGAGACAUCUGGUCAUGUAAAUUCGUCAUUCCAAAUGAGUUAAACUCAUUGAACUUAUUAGGCCUAUCUGUAAAAAAAUUAGACGAUGUUUCAAAUGUAUUUUAGCUUAAACAUGUCAACCCUUUUAUCGUAUGCUGAUAUUAUAAAUUACCGCGUUAUUAUACCGGAAGCAGUGGUGGUUGGUCAUACACAUUUAAGGCUUAAACAUCUGUUUAAGUCAUCUGUAAUAUCAGUCACCGCUGGUUAAAGGGUUAAAACACAUGUUUAACUAAACAAUGUCUAACUACAUUUUUUCGAUUUUUAAGAUAAUGUUUUUGUACUUAAAAAUGCAAAAGCGAAAUGUCUCUUGUAUUUAAAUUGUAAGUUUUUUUUUAUAUUCGUAACUUGUACUGUACGCAUUAUGAAAGGCCUCAGCGAAUAUUUAGCGUAUUAAUUGCAAGAUUCAAAAACUUAAUUUAGUAAUAGCGACUGUUCAGUAUUAUAAUUAAUAUUAUUUAAUCUAAUUGUGUAAAAAA